AUGCUAUACUGCAGUGGCAUUGUCCUGUACUUAGCCAAAACCUCACGACUACUCCGUGAAUUACACUCACAUUGUUGUCUCAGAACCAUCGGUUCAUACAUAAAUGAGUACCGCUUUUUAAAGAGUGAAGACAUUUUUCUGCUCAAUCGAAUUCUGAGUCUGAUCGCUAACUACUUGGAGUCCAACCCUAACUUGAGUGAUCCUGGUCCAGGUUCCGACUUCUCUGACACUAGAUCGUCAGGCACUGAACUGGAUAACGAUGAUCCGAUGCUGCUUGGGAAUCAGGAGUUCAUCCCACCCGGUUCAGUGGAGCCGUGCGAACCUAUCAAUGCGCUAGGACAGUCAGACGAUGAGCAAGUUUUUCUCUCUGGUUACUGCGGCUCGAUUAUUGGUGAUCCUGAUGCCGAAGCGACAUUGAAAUUGAUCAUGAAACUUCAGAAACGUGAAACCUUUAACAUUAGUUCGAGCGAUUCCGAAGAAAGUGAUCUUGACACAAGAGAGUUCCUAAAUGAGGUGCGUUCCAUCUCCGUGUCUCUGCCUGAAAACACUCCGGUCCCCAUAGUUAGAUCUACCGGUCGUGUGUACCAACGAAGCCAGAGUUGUCGAUAUGCACAAUCUACUAAUGCACCCCGGAAUCCACCAUUGAUCCGAGUUUUUGAGCUGGAUUUUCACUGCGAAGUAGAUGGAAUGCGUGGAUUUGUCUAUGGAACGGGUGGAGCUCUGUUAUCAACCAUUCGUCGUGUUGUCCGGCAAUUGAACUCCGUUCAGCGUCUUUACCUAACAGACUUGUUUUUGAACGCUUUCGACGCCCGAAACCUGAUACUGGAUAUACACAAGGUAUAUUACAUAGUAUAUGAAUUACCCUGCUCCAAUUUUUUAGCCAAUUCUCUCAAGGAACUCUCUUCAUUCCCUUAUUGCUUUCAGACUAGUUCACGAUGCCUGUUAGAUCUCAAUCUGGUGCAUCUCAGCAAACCUUCCACAGAUCCACAACUUCGAUCUCCCGGGGCUUUGACGAAUACAUCCGUUACGUGUCACCAGGAUUGUUGUUGGUAUUUGUUGGAUUCACGAUGGCUGGAAGCUCGGCCCCAUCAGUCUCACACCAACCCACUGGCCGAUCUUUGCUAUCUUUUUCCUCAUCUUAGGCGGUUAACUCUUGCCCCUACUCAAAUCUCUGGCCCCAUGCUACUCCGAUUAUUAUAUCAAACUACCCUACAAGAACUAAUCCUGGUGGAGGUGUGUUGGCGUCUAUCACCGGCCCGUUCACGCUCAUCGCAUGCUAGCGACAUGUUUCUGCAUGCCACUUUCUGCUCAAUCGUGAGCAUUGACAUCGACUGA